AUUUAUCGAAGUUUAUUUUGCUCCGGACGCAUUUUCUAACAAUUGUGAAAACAAAGCAAAAACAAAGUUAAAAUAAGUACACACACAUAUGUUCAUAAAGCAAUGGAUGAAGCUUCACAAAACGGUGGCACAACAACAGCAACAGGCACAACAAGCGGUGCGGGUGGCGGUGGCGGUAGUGUUAAAGGCGUAAAUCAUAAUGCUGGAAGUGGUGCUGAGAACACACCUAUGCUGACCAAACCAAGACUUACGGAGCUGGUGCGUGAGGUGGACACUACCACGCAGUUGGAUGAAGAUGUGGAAGAACUUUUGCUACAAAUAAUUGAUGAUUUCGUUGAAGACACUGUAAAGUCAACAAGCGCUUUUGCCAAGCAUCGGAAGUCAAACAAAAUAGAGGUGCGAGAUGUGCAGCUUCACUUUGAACGCAAAUAUAAUAUGUGGAUACCUGGUUUUGGGACGGAUGAACUGCGUCCAUAUAAGCGUGCUGCAGUCACAGAGGCGCACAAGCAGCGUUUGGCUUUGAUACGAAAAACUAUUAAGAAGUACUAAAUAGAGCUAUACUGGCUUGUCAAUUUACUAAGAAUAUUCAGAAUUUUAUUUACACCUAACAAAAGCAUAGAUAAGGCAAUCUUAAUGUAUUACUGUCCUCCAAUAAGCUCUUGACAAAUACCAAUUGAUGAUUAACUUUAAAUUAAAAAUAAAUAAAGGAAAUCAUAGAACAUUUGAUUGAGCUUAGAGCUGUUA